AUGGCGGCUAUGAUGGCCAGUUCUACCGUUGCCGCAGCCGGACUCAGAGGUGCGCCUCUGUCCUCCAACUUGAAGAGGUCUGCUGCGUCGAGUUCCAGCUACAAGAGCGUGAGGGCACCGAUGUCCACGAGGAGACUGGGAUCCAUCAGAUGCGAAGGUGAGGUGAACGAGUCCGAGAAGCAGUCGGUGUUCGGUGCCAAGCCCACAUCCGGCUCCUUCUACCCUCGCCCUGAGGUCGAGAGGCGACCGGAAACCGGUGACAAGAGCCUUGACAGCAUCUUCGCGUUUGAUGGCGCCGCACCUGAAACCAUCAAUGGCCGACUGGCGAUGGUCGGAAUUUUGUGGGCAGCCGUCGCGGAGAAGAUGAGCGGUCUGACGGUGUACGAGCAGCUGUACACGCAAGGGACCGGGUUGGUGUUCUACAUGGCGCUGGUGCCGCUGAUCGCCUACGCGUCCAUUGUGCCCAUGCUGAACGGCGAGUCGACGGACGCUCGUAGCUUCGGGCCGUUCACGGCCAGGGCCGAGCGCUGGAACGGGCGCCUGGCCAUGCUCGGCUUCCUGUCGCUGCUGCUCACGGAGAGCUUUAUCCACGCACCAGUCUUCCGCACUUUCUUUUAA